ACCAUUUCAUUUUGAUACCGAUUGGUUGCUAACAUCCAAUUGUCAUCAUGACUAGCGUAAAAAAGCUUUUCGGGUAGUAGUUAUGACGGCCAUAUAGUUAUUGCACUAUUGCGUAAUAAUACUCUUGCUCAAUGACGUGCCAAGACGCUAAACAGGAAAUAGGCGAUUUAAGAAAAGGUUCUCAGGGGAAACUUCGGGUCCACAUUCGAAGACGCUGUUGUCGUUUAGGCGUAUCUGAAGCACAGGAUCAUGGCGGCAGCCUUAACGUCACAGGCGGCUCUCCUUAGAAGAGGUAGCAGAGUGUUUUUCUCUGUUAACUGUCACGUCCACUCCAGCGGCGGAGUGACCUCCAAGGAACACUAUAAAAUUGUCGUGCUUGGAGGCGGAAGUGGUGGUAUCACAAUGGGUGCCCGCAUGAAAAGGAAAAUUGGUGCAGAGAAUGUGGCCAUAGUGGAACCAAGUGAGAUGCAUUAUUACCAGCCCAUUUGGACACUGGUUGGUGCAGGAGCUAAAAUCAUUACCUCAUCUGGACGGCCCACUGCCAGCGUGAUCCCCCCUGGAGUAAAAUGGGUCAAGUCCAGGGUCAUGAACAUUGAUCCUAAAAACAACACUGUCUUCACAGAUUCUGGGCACAAAAUUUCCUAUGACUAUCUGAUUGUAGCACUUGGCCUCCAGUUGCACUACGAGAAGAUCAAAGGCCUACCAGAAGGUUUUGAACAUCCAAAGAUUGGCUCAAACUACUCAUUGCAAACAGUUGAGAAGACCUGGACAGCCUUACAGAACUUCAAGGAGGGAAAUGCUAUUUUUUCUUUUCCCAACACUCCUGUGAAAUGUGCAGGGGCUCCCCAGAAAAUCAUGUACCUUUCAGAUGCUUUCCUGAGAAAGACAGGAAAAAGGUCUAAAGCCAACAUUAUCUACAACACAUCAUUACCUGUACUGUUUGGCGUUAAGAAGUAUGCUGAUGCACUGUGGGAAAUUGUGAAAAGUCGUCACAUCGAUGUGAACCUAAGACACAACCUUAUAGAGGUCAGAGCAGACAGACGGGAGGCUGUGUUUGAGGACCUUGAUCGUCCUGGAGAAUCAAAGGUUUUUGAGUAUGAGAUGCUCCAUGUUACCCCUCCCAUGGGACCACCUGCAGUACUAAAAGGCUCAUCACUGGAAGAUCACGCUGGCUGGCUUGAUGUAAAUAAGCAUACCCUUCAGCACAAUAAGUACGCUAAUGUAUUUGGAAUUGGGGACUGUACCAAUCUGCCAACUUCUAAAACUGCAGCUGCUGUAGCUGCACAGUCAAGUGUACUUCAAAGGACCAUUACUAAAGUGAUGAAGAAAGACAAGCCUGACAAAGAGUAUGAUGGUUACACUUCUUGCCCUCUGGUUACAAGCUACAACACCGUCAUCUUGGCAGAGUUUGACUAUAAUGGACAACCACUGGAGACCUUCCCUGUGGAUCAGAGCAAAGAAAGCAGAAUCAUGUAUCACAUGAAAGCUGAUAUAAUGCCCCACCUGUAUUGGCAUGGGCUUCUCAAGGGACUUUGGGGAGGCCCUGGACCAUACAGAAAACUUAUGCAUCUCGGGAUGAAAUAGAGCUCACUACAACACAUUCAAAAGGAUUCAGCAUGGCAAAUAUUCCUAUUAACCAAAUUCUACCAGACUGCUUUUUAUAUAUUACUCAUUUACAAUAUCCUGUUUUGAAUUCAUUCCACACGGUCAUAUAGGACAGCAAGCUUUUUUCUGGUUUACAAUUUAUAUUAAACCUUGUGGAAAAAAAUUAUAAAUAUACUUGUGUAAUUCAUGUGCUCAAAUGCUAAUGUACACCUUGGUCGGCAUAUCAAAUUCGUAUUUACACUUUAUUGUAAAUUGCUGGGCUCUUCAGUGAUGCUCUUACAGGGACCAGCGGUGUGAUCUGUCAGCUACACUAAUCUUCAGAGUGAACUGCUAUUUCUGUAUGGCUUACGGCAAAUGUACCUGUCACCAUGUCGAUCCGUCGAAUUUGUGGCUUGCACAAAGAAAGUUGUGUGAAAAUUGUUUUCAUCGUGUUGCAUUUAUGCAGGCAAUAGCCAUUCGUCGCAAAUGGGUUUGAGGGCAGAAAAGCCGCGAACUUCUCAAAUACGUAUUCAAAAACAUCGCCAUUAGAACAACGAAAUAUUUCUGGACUAAUUUAUUACAAAGAUUGCUACGUAGUCCUUCAAAUGCGAUUACGAAGUGAACCUCUUUGACCAUAUUUUGACGGUAAAAAAAUCCUAUUGUGGUAGGUCUAAGAAAACUAGUCCUAAACAUAAAAAAUGAAAACCAACAAAACGAUUAAUUAAUGUGCACCAUUAUGUAUGUAAUGAGUAAUUUAAGAGAUUUUAACUUUGCUCAGGUAAACAGAUUUUAGAACUGAAUUUCCAUUUUAUAACGAGAUGAUAAAAACAGCUAUGUUGGUGAACAUUAAACAACUGCCUCGCAACUUCGGCGACGCCACGGCGUUUAUUUAACAACUUCAAAUUCUUUAGCACUCCAAACCUGUGAAUAAAGCUGAACGCGAGCCUUAGGUUGUCUUGGAUUUCCAGUUGUCCAGUAAUCCAGAUCUACCUCUAGCCAUUACUAAACCCAACAGCACAGCAAAACUAAUGGUGCACUUGCUGAGAUUUAGGUUAAUAAGCCGCAUUCUCGUGGAGGUAAAGUUUUGCAUUUCACAUGAUCUAGCUGGUGUAUAGACAAUUGUACAUUGUUUCUCUUUGCCCACCCACUGGACAUUUCUUUCCCGUUCCUUGACCACCUCUGGGACGAUGGUCAGGAACAAAAAAAAAAAAAAAAAUCCAACAAAAAAUGAGGAUAGAAGCCAGGUAUUCUACUUAUUUCCAGUGUCCGGUCUUAUUGAAUUGCCUUAUCUGCCUCGUUUAUUAUAGGUUAUACAGACAUGACAAAAUGUGUUUUUACGACAAUAAAUAAAUUGUGAAAAUGUUAA